AUGGCAACGUUCGUUGAAGGCGAGGACUCUCGGUAUCCCGUUGAAGACAUUACGGCCGUGAAGCGGGUCUUUGGGAAGUUUUAUUUUAGAGUCAAAUGGAAGGACUAUGACAGCUCCUCGGACGACACAUGGGAGCCAAUCGAAUCCUUUCAGCGUUCGACAAACUUCGACUCCUCAAGCAGCAGCAGCAGCAACAGAAGCAACAGCGCAGGCAGAAUAAGCAGCAGAGACGAUGGCGGCAGCAGCACUGACAGCGCGGACUCAGACGAAGAGAAGGGAUGUAGGGAGCUCGUGGAGUCGCUGCAACGCCAGCAUGACAAGCAGUUGCCCACCGGAAUUUCGCCAUUAACAGCGGCAGCGCGUAAAUGCGAUGAAUCGGCUGAGGGGACGCUGCAGCUGCUUCGCGAAGAAGAUUCGGAACAAACUCAGUUUGGCUUUGAAGAUCUUCUGGCCGCCGUAGAGGGCAGCACGCGGCAUGGAGAGCUGCAGCAGCAGCUGUCUGCACUGUCUGCUCCUACGCGCCGCGCUGCUGCUGCUGUUGCUGCUGCUGCUGAAGCAGCAGCAACAGGCGACAGCGACGCAGCUGAAGCAGCAGCAGAGGCUGCUAAGCAGCUGCAGCUGGACUCGGGUGUGCUCCCAGAAAGGCUACCGAUGCACAAGCAGCAGUUGCAGUUGAGGAAGCAGCAGUUCGACUUCGCACAGCGCGAUGCAUCCAAGUGGAUUCCCUUGGUUCAGCAGCAGCGGCAGCGACAGCAGCAGCAGUUCGGAUACACUGCAGCAGCUGCUGCUGCUGCCUCGACGCGGACCGUACAGCAGGCUGCAGCACUGAUGAGGCCGCAGGGAUUCGAACAAGCGCUGCUGGAUGCAGUCAACAGCUGCAACACUGAGCAGCAGCAACUGCAGCAGGAGCAGGCACUGGCACCGGCUGAUCCGAUCAGAAGACGCCAAGAGCAGCAGCAGGCCGCGCGCUUGCGAUUUCUUCUCUCUCAAGAGCACCGACGCCUGCACCGCCUCAAGAGAAUAAAGGCCAAAGAGGGCAGGAAGAAGCGGCGGCAGCUGGAGACGCGUCAGCAGCAGCAGCUGCUGGAGCGGCUGCAGCAGGAAAAUCCGGAGCUUGCCCAGCAGCUGCAGCAGCAGCUGCAGCAGCAGCAUGCGCAACAGCGUCUUUUGCGCCAACAAAACGCGAGAGCCAAGUGGGCUCGUAUCGCUCAAAGAUUCGGUGGCAGGGAUAUGCAGGCGGAGAUCAGCAGGCAGCAACAACGCGGACUGGACGAUAGGAGGGCCUUGGAAAAGGCUGCAAAGGGGCAGCAAGAAACCGACGAAAGCGAGAGUGACGGCUCUGGAAGCGCUGAGGAGGACAUAGAGGAUGAGGCGAGAACCCCGAAGACUGCGGGGGAGAAGCUCGCUCUGCUGCGCUCUGCUGCUGCUGCUACUACUGCUACUCGUCGAGGCACAGGAGAUGAGGAUGCAGAGACACCUGAACUACCGAACAAAGGCCUGUUUGCCCUUCCCUUCUUGCGGAACGGCAUAGAGAAGGCGAGGCAGGAAGCAGCGGCCCUCAAAGCCAAGAUCGAGAGGCGCAGGCAACAGCGUGCAGCAGGCAUCCCUAGCAGCAGCAGCAGCGGCAGCAGCAGCGGCGAAGAGGAGGAAGAGGACGCGAGCAGCGACUCUGGAAGCGGCGAGAGCGAAGGAGAAGGGUCUGAUGAGGUUGGUGAGGGCAUGGCCGCAGGCAGUAGCAGCAACCCUGCAGCAGCAGCAGCAAAGCUCCGUGCCGCUGCUGUGAGACGAGGAAUGAAGAGAAGGAAAGAAGCAAGGGCAGGGGUAGCUGCUGCCUGUGCGACAGCGACUGCAAUCCUCGAAGCUGACCAGCAGCAGCUAAAGGAGGCCGAGGCCUAUGUUGCUUCGCUGCUUGACGGGGGUGGUGGUUUGGAAGCCUUAAUGAACCCUACGGAGGCAGUAGCAGAGGUUAAAGGCCCUUGCCAGCAGCAGCAGCAGCAGCAGGAGGAGAAAGAGCAGCAGGAGGAGCAGCAGUUGCCGGUGCAGGGAGGGAAGCAAAAUGGCGAGGAGGCGGAGAAUGAAGGUCUACAUGUGUCCUCAAAGGCAGCCAUUGCGUUGCUCUCCCGCACUCUUGAGCAGCAGAAGGCAGAGCAGCAGGAGCAGCGGAAGAAGAAGAAGAAGCAGCAGCAGCGAGACUACGCGAAAGAGGCAGCUAACAAGCAGGCUGAGGCCGAAGCGCAUCUCAAGAGGCAGAGGGAAGGGCACUGCGACACGAGUCCUUCCAACCCGUGGCUGCAGCAGCAGAAAAAAAGCAAAGGCGGCAGCAACGCAAAGGCAGCACCCGCCCCUGUUGCUGAGGGAAAGUCAGAACCCUUCAAGACACUUCAGGACGGUUUACAAGACUUCUUGCAAAGCGUGGCAGAUGACGCCGGUGCUCCAGACGAAGACGCAGAUGCCACUGACCCCGCUUGCUCGGAGCGGAAGCUGGAAAAGCGGCAGCAGCGACAGCAUCAACAACAACGCAGGGAGGAUCAAGGCCUGCUGGUGCAGCAGGCAUUUGUAGAAGGCGAUGAGGAGGCAAUGUUUCGGGCGGAGGCAGCAGAAGAGGCAGCUGAAGGGAAGGAAGAAGACUCUUCCUUCCUACCCGGUUGGGGAACGUGGGCAGGAGCCGGUGCGAAGAAGCCACGCCGAAGGGCUACAGCUGGCGCUGCGGCUGCAGCCGUAGCUGCUCCUGCAGUUGGGAAAGCCUUAGUCGUUCUCAAUACGAAAGACGAUAAGAAGAGUAGCAAAUAUUUCGUUUCCCAACUGCCCAAGUAUGUUCAGCCGGAGGAGUAUGCGGCGAAGAUGCGGCAGGCUGUGGGCCCUGAAUGGAAUAGCGCAAUGGCGCACAGGAGACUCAUUGCUCCUAGGGUGGACGUUCGAGUGGGAGCUGUAGUCCCCCCCCUCCAGUCUGCGAAAUUGUUGGAGCCAGAAGCUAGAGAAACGCUUCUUAACCUUUGGACACUGAAGGGCAGCAAAAAGAAGAAGAGCCGAGUUCGCCUCUAA